GCCGCCUCAAUUCGAAAUCGUCUUGUCGGUAUCCAGUCUUUGCCAGAUCGCCAUUUCAGCCCUGUCAAAACUUCGAAUAGCCCCCCUGGUAUCAAAACCACAAGUCGGUUUCGAACUUUCUCCCUCUAAGCGCAGAUCCCGAACCUUUCCUCGUCCGUCCUAAGUAAUCAUAUUCAAAUCGACAAUUAAUUGGUAUUUUGUUCCGAUUGUUCCCAUUGACACUCUCCAAACGAUAGAGGCAUGUUUGCGCCGGCCGUCAGAUAGACGCUCGCGGACAAUCACCAAACAAAAGAAUACUUUAGCUCCUUCCGUUCGAUCGUAAAUUCGCCACCCUAACACAUCCGGGAUUUCCAUCAUAUGCGUAACCAUCAGUAAACCCUCAGUGCUCAGUCCGCCCUAAACAAUCCCUCCAUAAUGCCUUCGGCCAGAAGAGUACGCCUCCUUACGAUGGUGGCGCUAGCCGCCAUCAUUACCACCUUAUUUUUCACAUCCCAAAUGCGAUCGACCAUCCCUCACGAUAAUCGAACGGUGCAAGAUUUCUUUGGCAAGACCAUGAAUGGCCUAGGCCACCAACAAGGUAGUGGCCAAGUAGUCAUGAGCGGCAAGGGCACAACCGUCGACUCAACAGUAAAGGACAAAGACGGAGAUGGAUCCGUCGACGAGGAUGAUGAGCAAUUAGCCAAGGAGAUGUCCGAUCGGCUGCGAGCCGCCGAGCAGAAGGCCAAAGAUCUAGCCAAUGCCAAGGCACCUUUAAAACCAGAUGCGCCGAGCGAGGUCGUUGGUGUUGGAAGCUCUGCUGGAGGACAAAAGAAAGGUAGCAAGGGUUCGGGCGCAGGGACCGAUGAAGAGGAGGAAGAGUCGGACGAGGACCGCGAAGUCGAAGUGACCCUCAGCAAUAUACUAAAGAAAUCUCCAGUUGUGAUCUUCUCAAAAACAUAUUGCCCUUUUUCGAAACGUGCAAAAGGUGUUCUUCUCGAGAAAUACUCUAUCGACCCCGCCCCUUACGUCGUCGAGCUCGAUGAGCAUCCCUUGGGUAAACAAUUACAAGCCAAGUUGGGCGUCACGACUGGACGACGAACUGUACCUAAUAUCAUGAUCAACGGAAAGAGUGUCGGGGGCGGCGAUGACAUUGCCGAGCUAGACUCGAGGAAGACCCUGAUCGACAAAUUCAAGUCUAUGGGAGGAAAACGGCUAUCUAUGAAGGAGCGAUUCGUCGGGAACGCCAAGGAGAAACAAGAGUGAAGAUUACUAUCCAUCACAUCGACAACUACUUCAUCCUAGUAGGGUCAACUCGGGAACAUGGGAUAUGGAAUGCGGUAAUGUAAUUGGGCCGCCGUGAUCUGCAUGUACGGCGUUGGGGGC